AUGUCAAAGAAGCCUGCAAUCGUGAAAUUUUAUAGUGGUAGAAACUGCGGCCAGCUUGAAGGAACUGUAGGGCCUCGUCACAAGCUGAUAAGAGGCACACAAGUUUUGCGAGACAACAUUGUAGAAUUUGAAGGUAACCACAUACGCUUUACAAACGACUGCUUGAAGGAACUGCAGUCCACACCAGAAAUCACUGAACCCUCACAGCCAUCAUUAUCGGAAGAUGUUUUUGAAAGAAUGCAUCUUGCGCCUCUUCCACAAGAAUUACUCUAUGAAGUCUUAUCCUAUCUUGCCGACGACUAUUUUACGCUUCACAAAUGCGUUCUUGCAUCCCACGCUCUGGCAUACUCUGCCAUUCAAUUUUUGUACCGUGAUCCGUUCUCUCUUGUGUCCGACCAGCGUAGAACCAAAUUGGUUUGGUUGCUUGUACAGUACUUGACAGAUGAGGAACGGGCGAUGGCCAUGUAUUGCGACAUGUUAAUGAUUCAAGGAAGUAGACCGAGUUUGCCGUACGCAAAUUUUAUACAAGUUCUAAAUGAUACCAAAAUAUUUUGUGCAUGCCGAGCAUUUUAUGCAGGCCGAACAUUUUACAGAAAAAAAAAGCCUUGUGUGAAUUAUGUGCCAAAACAAUUAGUUCAGAGAUUGAUGGCUAUUAGUACAAAGUUGAAGGAAUUAUCCCUUGCAGAAGCAUGUUGGACCAAAAGCCAUGACAUAUUUGAAAAUGUCGGGCCGCAAUUGACAUUCUUUGGGUUUGGUUCUAUUGCUGCAGACCAGAUGGCUUCCCAUACACUAGAGAAAGUUCAAAUAGCAAUACGCUCGAGUUUAGAGAAACAGACGCAGCUGCAGAAGUUGAAUGUCAACUUUGUCAGGAACGCUACGAGUAGCUUCUUAGCUACUAUUAUAAAGUUGAGACAGACUUUUGGAAAACUUGAAAUUAUUUCGUUUCGUUCCUGCACGUUUGAACAAUCAUCAUUGGUGCUACUGCGAACGUUGGUAGAGCAGCUGGAAGCUGUUCAGUUUGCGAGAUGCGCAGGAAUUUCAGAAGAUAUCCUUGAUUAUUUAAGGCGAAAUUUGUAUAUUCUGGGCUGGAUCACGGCGAAGCAUCAAUCCGGCAUGUAUUAUAUAACAUGUGCCUAUAGUAAAAAUGCGGAUUACAAAUUUCCCAAGAUAAAGGGGUGUUGCGCCUAG